AUGCCCACAUCAACAAAAACAUCCACCACCACUCGCCCGUCAGGCCCAACCGGCCUGACUCGCGGGUACCUCUUCACCUACAACACAGCCAACCUCUUCGCAUGGGGCACCUGUCUGAUCUACACGGCCAGCCUCGUUCCCGAAGCUCUCGCACACAAUAAGCUCCCUUCCGUAUUCCCUGCGACAUUCAACCCGCUCCUCCUCGCGACGCAAUCCCUUGCUCUGCUCGAGGUGCUGCACAGUCUGGUCGGCAUUGUGCGCGCUCCCUUCGUCACGACCGCCAUGCAGGUUGCGUCGCGGUUGUUGGUGGUUUGGGGAAUUCUGGCGCAGUUCGGAGGUGAUAUUGUCGGGGCGAAGAGUACCCAAUUGGGCGAUUACGCUUACCUGGGAUGUGUUGCGGCGUGGGGAAUCACCGAGGUGAUUCGGUAUGGAUUCUUUGCGAUUACACUUUCCGGAGGAAGUGUGCCUGCUUGGUGGACUUGGUUGCGAUACAAUACUUUCUACGUGCUGUACCCCAUCGGCAUCACCAGUGAAUGCACCCUCAUUUUCAAGGCCCUCGGUCCUGCCGCUGCCGUCAACCCACUCUUCCAGUACUUUUUGAUUGCGGUUCUGGUGAUCUACGUGCCCGGCUCGUACAUUUUGUACACUCACAUGAUCUCACAGCGUCGCAAGGUGCUGCGUGGCAAGAAGCGCGCGGACUAG